AGCACCUCGAUCUCGCCCUCAUAGCUCAUAUUCAUAAUGUAGAUCUACCAGCUAGCGCUAGCGUGUUAUAAGGUCAGAAAGGACUUGGUGGCACUCGCUGGUUUAUCUCAUCAGUUGAAGAAUAUUUCUUAUCCUGGCGUCGAUCGCUGAGAAGGUGCACUAUUGGCUACUGACGAGGAUAAUAGUUUGUUACAUUCACAACAGUGUUGCUGUGGUAAUCUGCGCAGUGCGGAACAUCUCUAUUCACUGUGCAACUGUAUCAUACCGCUAUCAAAACUGACUGGGAUCGGCAGUACUUAUCUUCUGACAAAUUCUCAGCAAUCAACACCAUACACUGUACGCUAUACACCCGUGUACUACUGAAUAUACAACAUCACCAGGAGAACAUGUUUGCUUCAAAGUUACAUGGUAAUCUCAAGACUGUCAGUAAGUUUGUUCAGCGUGGUUAUGGUGUGAGUGUACAGAGCAUGGUAGUCCAGUCAACCUGCGGGUCAAGGUCAUGUGUUGCUAGCAAGUUGACUCAGACAUCAGCACGGCCCAAGCAGUCAGUUAGGUGGAGAUCAGAUCAGUCUGGUCGUCAAGUCACUACGGUACGUGAUGCCUAUGAUGCCAUUGAUUCAAUCUUUGAUAGCAUUGUGAAGUCACGCACUUUUCAACCCAGCUAUCUACUAUCACAAUGUUCUCUCAUUCAACGACAUGUUACUGAACUACGCUAUCCAGGCAUGAUUAGGGUUACCCUGCAGGCAUGUGCUCUUGUCAAUAAGGAGAACACUGAAGUGAUAAAGCUGACAGCGUCUUUACUUAAUCAACUAGCCAGUCUACCUACUGAUGUCUGGCAAGAAAGCAAGAACCAACAGAAACUGAGAUGGUCACUGCACUGGGCUGCAUGGUGUCGAUGUUCAACUCCAGGAUUCACGAAGUUGCUACAACAGCAGCUUGAUGUCAUGUGCAUUGAGGAAUGUAGAGAUGUUGAUAGUUGUGCACAUGCAUUGUUAAUGUUGAAUAUGCCUGAUCGUCACCUGGCCCAACACUUGAUGAAUCGCUACCUUACCAUCCAGAGUAGAGGUGAUCCCAAGUAUCGUCAUACUCAAGUACUCAGACUACUUCUCUACUGUACACUGUGUGGUGUAGAGUGCAGUGCCUUGCUGAAGCUGAUCAGUGUUGAUCAUCUGAUACAGAGUACCGAAUACGAUCCUCGCAAUGUCCAACUGCUAUUUUUGCACAACACCCUCCCUGGUACUAACGACCAGCGGCUACAGAUAUUGGAAACAUGUGUGGUGCAGUUCCGAAAGGCUGUGGCAAGUCGGUAUUCAGGUCGAAUGCAUGAUAUGCUGUCAUACUUCAUUGGCUCAAAGUACACCACUGGCCUUUCACUGGUUGAUGGUGUGCAUGUUCAAGCAUUCUGCAUAUUCAACCAAGACCAUAAACCAGUGGAGACUGACACGUAUCCAGCUGAUGUAUACAAUGGUGUAUCAGUAGAUAUGACAGCAGCUAGACGUCAUGGUUUCAGUGUUGUGGCAUGUCUGGGUGUGAGUGACACUCGGUUACUACAUCAUCCUGUGCGCACACCUAACGGAUAUACCACUCUUGAGGCAUCGGCACUCAAAUCUCAAGGAUGCUAUAUUAUUCCGGUGGUACUCAAACAUGGCGCUCGGUACUCGCAGAGAAGCAGACACUUUAUCCCGGAUUUGCUGAUCAAUUAUCCCCAUCACAUUGGCGUGUUCAAAGACCUGUUGCCAGCCAAGCAGUGAUGAAUAUACACACUGAUGUCAUACUUAACACUAUGGUAUCUCUGAACAGCAGAUUGCUAUGCCGAAUUGUGCAGAAAGUGGGUGAUAUCAUGUGAGACUGGAAUAUGGUGUCCAUCUUGUGAUUUUUUAAAGUUAUUAUUUUUCCGAUUACUUUCUUUUUCUGCUGAGCUGAGUAGCUGAGUAACGGAGUAACUGAGUAACGGAGUAACUGAGUAACCGAUAACUCAGUAACUCAGUAACCGAGUAACUGAGUAACUGAGUAACUGAGUACAUUGGAUGUGAGAGGGUAAUGCUGCUAGUGCUAGUGCAGUAUGGAUGUUGAUUGUGUUUUUGAAAUCAAGGCAUUGUCGAAUUUUGUGUGUGUGUGGUACAUGGUGUAUGUGUGUGUGUAUGUGUGUGUGUGUGUGUGUGUGUGUGUGUGUGUGUGUGUGUGUGUGUGUGUGUGUGUGUGUGUGUGUGUGUGUGUGUGUGUGUGUGUGUGUCUAUGUGUGUGUGCUUCUGUGUGUGUGUAUGUGUGUGUAUGUAUGUGUGUGAGUGUGUGUGCUUGUGUGAUUACUUUACUUCCAGUUUUCUUUUUUCUGUUCUGAGUGCGUAUACAAUGUACAUGUACCGUUGAUAUUGUGAAUCCUCCACAUGUGUAUUUAGCUUCCAUUGUGCGUGAGUGUGUGUGCUUGUGCAUCUAUAUCCCAUGAAGUUCGUUUUUCUUUGUGCGUGCAUAUUAUGUUGAUAUUGUGAAUCCUGCACAUUUGUGUUUUCAGCUUCCAUUGUCCAUACAACAUGUAGUACAUGUAGCGCCUGGAGUAGCCAGGAUCCUGAUUCUUGACUGAGCUAUGCAAAACACGUUAAAAAAGGUGGUAGCGUCUGCCGUGAUCUGUGUGUGUAUGUGUAUUUGUAUGUGUGUGUGUGUGUGUGUGUGUGUGUGUGUGUGUGUGUGUUCCGUCAGGCCGGCACGUCAUGUGUCGGUGACAGGAGGACAAAGACUAAAAGACUCUCUCUGAGCUGGCACUGCACCAGGAGUGGGUCGAUUCACCCGUGAAACGUCACUAAGUACCAGCACAUGCACAGCUAGCUCAGCAAAUUUAUGAUGAAUUUUGAUGUUGAUGAAAUACACCAUGUAGCCGGUGAACGAAACAAACAUGUGGCGAGA